AUGCCCUCCAUCCUCAACGACGACGACAAGGACACCGUGAAGCGGUUCGUCCCCAAGCAGUCAAACAAGAUCCAAGCCGUCGCCGUCGCCAAGCUCUACGUCGCCUAUCCGGACCCGACCAAAUGGACCUACACCGGCCUGCAGGGGGCGCUUGUCCUGGCCAACGACCUGGUCGGCAAUACAUACUGGCUCAAGAUGGUGGACAUUUCGCCCACCGCCAGAGGCGUCAUCUGGGACCAGGAAAUCUUUGACUCGUGGAGCUACAACCAAGACCGCACCUUCUUCCACACCUUUGAGCUCGAAGACUGCCUCGCCGGCCUCAGCUUCGUCGACGAAAAGGAAGCCAAGCAGUUUAAGAAGAAGAUGGACGACCGAGAGAAGAAUGCGAGCCGCGCCACGAAGUCCACCCCGUUCGGAGGUGCAGGAGCCGGCGGCCAGCCCAAAGAGAAGCACAGCCUGCUUGGCGGUCUCUUCCAUCGCCACUCCUCCGCGCCGGCACCCGAGCCCGCCCCCGCCGCACCGCGAACCACCAGCCUCCCGCCCCCGCCGCCGGGCCCGCAACACUCGUCGCCGACGCUCAUGAAUGGCAGCUUCGGCCUGCCGCCGUCCGAGUUUGCCCUGCUCGAUGCCUUUGACCCACUCUGGCGCGAGCACUUUGGUAAGGACCUGAGCGACAAGGGCCUGACCGACGACUUCAUCAAGGAGAACCAAGAGUUCAUUGUCGACUUUUUGCGCGAGGAGCAGGAAAAGAUGAACGGGGCAGGAGGAGGAGGACUCGACACAUCACCACACGCGGCACCACCGCCGCCGCCAGCUCCUCGCACCAAUGGCAGCGCCGGUCGCGCCCCUCCUCCUCCCCCCCCUCCAGCUGCUGCUCCCGCCGGUGGUUCGGCCAAGAAGAACGGACCCCCUCCGCCGCCAGCACCGCGAAGAUCGACAAAGGCCGACAACGAACCACGAUCACCAUCUCCGCCAUCCUCACCCCCUGAGCCCGACCGACCCAAGUUCCGCGCACCGCCCCCUCUAGCCGACGCUGGCAAGUUUGCCAACGUCCCGGAGCCAGUAAAGCGACGACCUGUUCCCUUGACGCCGUCAUCAGCCCCGGCUGGGGGACCGCCUCCACCCCCGCGACCGGCCAAGACGCCGCUGGAACACCCUGAGGCGCCUCAACGCGCACACGCUGUCCCGCCUGCCUUUUCCGGGCAACGCAUACCGUCUGGGCCGCCGGCGCCGGCGCUGCCGAGCCGAGGCGGGCCUCCUCCGCCUCCACCUCGAAACGACUUACAUGCGGUGCCGCCGCCGCCUCUGCCACCGAAAGUCGCACCUGGUAGCGCACCGCCGCCCCUCCCUCCAACAAGUACGCGGCCGAUCCCUCCACCACCGACUGCUGUUGUGCCUCCUCCCCCUCCCCCUCUUCCUCCUUCGAGCGGUGCGCCGCCUCUUCCUCCGUUGGGCAAUGCGCCGCCUCUUCCUCCGUUGGGCAAUGCGCCGCCUCUUCCUCCGUUUCCUCCGUCGGGCGGUGCGCCGCCGCCACCACCUCCGCCGCCUCCCCCACCCGGUGGUGCCAGCGGACCUCCGCCUCCCCCGCCACUACCUCCAACCGGCGCAGGUGCCCCCCCUCCUCCUCCCCCACCGAUGCCAUCCCGCGACAGCGGCACUCCGGCGCCCGCUCUGCCCAAGGCCGAAGGCGGCAGGGCGGCGAUGCUGGGCGACAUCCAAAAAACCGGCGGCAUUGGCGGACUGAAAAAGGUGGACAGGAGUCAGAUUCGCGACCGCAGCUCUGCGCAGGUGGGCGGCGACUCAGGUGGUGGUGGUAGCGCGGCGGCGGCAGCUGCUGCUGGUGCAGGCGCGGGUGCGGGCGGCGGCAUGGCGGAUGCUUUGGCGGCGGCGCUGCAGAAGCGCAAAGACAAGGUGGCCAAGAGUGAUGAUGAAGACGACGACGAUGAAUGGUAG